AUGCGCUGUAUAUUGAGUUUUGCGCGCGGGACCACAAGGAAGUCUCAGAACAGUGUGUGUCUGCUGUACCUGCUCCACAGUGUUAAUAACAUUCACAUCUGACUCUAUUAGCAAAAUAACAAGGGACCAGAAUGUGGAACCAGGGAGGAUAUAAUGAUUCCAGCACUGGUGGAGGCUACACUCAGUCUCCAGGGGGCUUUGCAUCACCUGCUGCAUCCCAGGGAGGAGAGAAGAAAGGGAGAACCCGUGCCUCGCAGAUAAUCCCCUGCACAGUGUCUCAACUGAUGUCGGCCUCCCAGGCUGACGAGGCCUUCAAAGUAGGAGAGGUGGAAGUUGCCCAGGUUACCAUCGUGGGUAUCAUCAGGAGCACAGACAAAUCCAUGACCAACAUACAGUACAAAGUCGACGACAUGACCGGUGCUCCCAUGGAUGUGAAGCAGUGGGUGGACACAGAGGACCCCAGUGUGGACAGCACUGUCCUGCCUCCAGGCACAUAUGUCAAAGUCUCUGGCAAUCUGCGCUCCUUUCAGAACCACAGAUCUGUCGUGGCAUUUGGAGUCAGGUCCCUGGAGGACAUGAAUGAAAUAACCUCGCAUAUGCUGGAGGUUGUUCAAGCUCACCUGGCGCUCAGCAAACCUCAAACCAUGUUGAGUGCUGGCGGAGGAAUGAGCAGUGAUGUCACGCCUAUUUCACGACCGGCCAUGGAAAGCAGGGGAGGGAGCUAUGCAGGCGCUAGCGACAUGGGCAACAAUGGGUUAAGCGCAAACCAGAAUCAGGUGCUGAGUUUGAUAAGAGGCUGCCCAGACCCACAGGGCAUCAGCAUUCAGGACCUGAAGCAGAGACUAAGUGUCAUGAGUAUGGCUGUCAUAAAGCAAGCAGUGGAAUUCCUAAGCAACGAGGGUCACAUCUUCUCUACCAUCGACGAAGAUCACUACAAAUCAACAGACAACGAUGAUUAGACUCCUUCAUGUUUUGGCACCAGUUAUUUGAGUUUCAGUCUGAUACUAGUCAAUAUUAUAUUGAGUUAUAAUGUUAUAACUCAAAUCUAUCAACUAAAUUACAUCCUCUCUGCCCUGAGUGACUCCCUGAGAAUCCUUCUCUGUUAAGGUUCUGUGGUUGAUGGUAGUUUAAGGAACAUGUGGUUUAGGUUUGAUGAGACCUUUUUCUGCGUACACAUCCUGUCAUUCUGAGGUUGUUUUCGCUAUUUUGCAAGUCCCAAAGGUGUUGCUGUUGAAGAAGCCGUUGUUGGCAGUUAAUAUUGUUAUUCUGUAUUUCGCAACUCCAUUGUAAAGCAUUUUGUAAUUUUAAAUAUUUAGAAACGUCAGUACUCACUAUAUUUUUUCACUAUGUAACUUUACUUUUGCCGAAAUUAAAAGAUUAUCCAAAAUACAGUCGGGUCGUCUAC